GGGUUUGUUUCCGGGUUAUCGGCGUUGCUUUUAUACUUGUGUUUCAACUCGGGUAGGAGUGGUAUUAUCUCAGAAAUCUUUCUAAAUCUGGUUUCUUUCUUACAAUAAGCCGCACAAUUCAUCCCUACAAUGACCGAGGAAGUCCAGAAGCACUCCGUCCACACUCUGGUCUUCAGGUCUUUGAAAAGGACCCAUGACAUGUUUGUGUCUGACCAUGCUAAGACCGUCGCUCUGGAUGAAGAAAGCCACAAAAUGAAGAUGGCUGUAAAGCUGAAAACUGAGUAUGGUCCGGUUCUACACAUACCCAUUGUGGAGGGGAGAGACAGAGUUUCACAGCUUUCUGGCGGACAGGAAAUCCAUCAGGACUACACUCAUCCAGACGAUGCAGCAGAAUAUCUGAUUACUGGGACACAUGCUUAUCCUUCUGGACCUGGAGUGGCUCUGACAGCCGACACAAAGAUGCACAGGAACCCCAGUGAGGGAGGAGUGCUGUCCAUGGCGCUGGCUUUACCGCCUUCACAAGUCAGGCAGGAGGCAAGUCGCACAGCAGCCAGUGUUGCAGAAAUCCAUCGACAUGCAGGAGGAGGGGAGAGAGUUUACCCUCAGUCCACUGCUGUGUCACUGCUGGAGGGCGGAGGUACCAGGAAUUCUGCGCUCAUGAGGAGGGCACCAACAAUGCCCAAACCACAGUGGCAUCCACCCUGGAAACUCUUUCGAGUCAUCAGCGGUCACCUCGGCUGGGUGAGGUCCAUAGCAGUGGAACCUGGGAAUCAGUGGUUUGUCACUGGCUCUGCUGAUAGAACUAUAAAGAUCUGGGACCUGGCCAGUGGAAAGCUGAAACUUUCCCUGACUGGACACAUCAGCACGGUGCGUGGCGUGGCGGUGAGCACCCGCAGCCCUUACCUCUUCUCCUGUGGAGAGGACAAGCAAGUCAAAUGUUGGGACUUGGAGUACAACAAGGUAAUCAGGCAUUACCAUGGCCACCUCAGUGCUGUGUACGAUUUGGAUCUACAUCCAACGAUUGAUGUGCUUGUGACAUGCAGCAGAGAUGCUUCAGCAAGGGUGUGGGACAUCAGGACUAAAGCAAACGUUCACACGCUUACUGGUCACACCAACACUGUCGCCACAGUAAGGUGUCAGGCAGCUGAGCCGCAAGUCAUCACAGGCAGCCAUGAUUCAACUAUCAGAUUAUGGGAUCUGAUUGCUGGAAAAACCAGAGCGACUUUGACGAACCAUAAAAAGUCUGUCAGAACCCUGGUGCUCCACCCCAGACAAUACACAUUUGCUUCUGGAUCAGCUGAUAACAUCAAGCAGUGGAUGUUCCCAGAUGGCAACUUUAUCCAGAACCUUUCUGGCCACAACGCCAUAAUCAACACACUGGCUGUCAACUCUGAUGGUGUCUUAGUGUCUGGGGCUGACAAUGGAACUAUGCAUAUGUGGGACUGGAGGACAGGCUACAACUUCCAGCGGAUUCACGCUGCCGUGCAGCCUGGAUCUCUUGACAGCGAGUCAGGAAUCUUUGCCUGCAUGUUUGACCACUCUGAGAGCCGACUAAUCACUGCAGAGGCUGACAAAACCAUCAAAGUUUACAAAGAAGAUGACACAGCCACUGAAGAAAGCCACCCAAUAAACUGGAAACCAGAAAUCCUCAAGAGAAAAAGAUUCUGAUUUUGUUUUGUUUUUUGUUUUUUUUAUGUAUUGCUCAUCAAUCAGUACAUCCAUCAGGUUGUUUUUUUUUCGGUCAGCAAACAGCAUUGAUUUUGUUAGACUUCAAACAGGCUAUCCCAUCUUGACUUCAAUUAUUCUACAAAACAAUUAGUCACCAAUUUAUGCUGUCAGACUAAAGAAAAACUCCAACUCAGACUUCAUGACACCACCUGGAAACACCCUAAACAUCCAGAGGAUUCUGUGUUUAUCUGGGAUCAAAACAUUUUGCAGAAGCCAGAAAAAUUCUCAAUAUUUCUUCUACAAGAUGGUUAGUUGUACAGACAUGAAUACUUUCUUUUGCUCCAAUAAAACACUUUUU